AUGACCGAAGCCGCUGUAGAGAGCCGCUACCUCUCUGCGGGAGCAAACAGAUAUGCUGCGGCCGCCGACUGGAGCGAGGAUGGCCUCGUCGCUUUUGGAUCCGACGCGAAUGUUUGUCUGUGGGACCCAACUGACUCCAGAGGCAUCUCACAUAUCCUCAGCGGCCACUCUGCACAUGUGCGAGCCGUCAAGUUUCUGCCCAAAGAUGAAGGGUUUAGUGUUGUCCAAUUGGUGACGGGCGGAGACGACAAGCAACUCCGACUCUGGGCCAUAGACUCAGAGUCCGGCACUGCUUCAUGUGUUCAAGUCGUGCAAGAGCACACCGAGCCCAUCAAUUGCAUUGCCUCGGUUCCAGGCACUGCAUCUGGGAACGGGGCGAGACGGAUAUUCGUCACGGGAGGGGCUGAUGCCACUGUCAGGCUGUGGGCCUUCGAUGGUGCCACCGUCAAACUUCUUCAGACAAUCAAGACGACAAGGAAAUACAUGCCCCUGGCCGUCGCCUUGACCUCGCUUGAUGAUGAUGGAAACGCUAUCAUGCUGGCCGUCGCUGGGACCACCAAUGCUAUCCAGAUAUUCACAGCCUCGGCAGCGGACGGACAAGCAGGGCUCGACUUCUCCCUGCAGGCCAUCCUGCCCGGCCACGAGAACUGGAUUCGCUCGCUCGACUUCAUACGCGAAAAUCCCGAGCAAGGCAGCGACAUUCUCCUGGCCUCAGCAAGCCAGGACAAGUACAUCCGACUGUGGCGUGUCUACCAGGGCACAACUCCCUCCGCCCUCAACACGGCAGGGCUCGAUUUCUCAGCCGAAGCCCUGGCGCCAGGCAACAAAAUCCACAAAAUUACGGCUGGGAUUACCAAGUACUGCAUUAUGUUUGAGGCUCUUCUAUUCGGUCACGAAGAUUGGAUCUACAGCGCCCGUUGGUCUCGUGCCGUUGAUGGCCGCCUGCAGCUCCUGUCCGCCUCGGCAGACAACUCACUGUCGCUCUGGGAAUCAGACCCGAAGUCUGGCAUCUGGAUCACAGUCGCACGUCUCGGAGAGAUUAGCAGAGAGAAAGGAGCUACGACGGCCACAGGCAGCAUCGGUGGGUUUUGGACCGGCCUGUGGUCACCCAACGGCACCACCGUCAUCACGCUCGGCCGCACAGGCAGCUGGCGGCGAUGGGACUACGACGCGGCCGAGGACGUAUGGAAGCAGAAUUUUGCCAUCUCUGGCCACAUCCGGGCCGUUACGGGCAUCUCGUGGUCCCGCGGCGGCGUCUACCUUCUUUCGGCCAGCUCCGACCAGACCACCCGCCUCCACGCCCAAUGGGCGGCUGAUGCAUCCUCCGAGUCGUGGCACGAAAUGUCGCGUCCGCAGAUUCACGGCUACGAUCUCAACUGCAUCUCCACGCUAGGGCCCUCCUCCUUCGUCUCGGGCGCCGACGAGAAGCUCAUGCGCGUCUUCACCGAGCCCAAAGCCGUCGCCCGCAUGCUCAACCGCCUGACCAACAUCACCACCGCUGACGUCUCCACCGCCCCGGACGCAGCCAACAUGCCGGUGCUAGGCCUCUCCAACAAAGCCAUUACCGCCCUCCCCUCCGCCAAAGACGACACUGGCCUUCUCAACCCCGCAUCGAACCACAACAGCCCCGACCCUUCCGACCCCUUCUCCGCAGACCGCGACGCUGCAGACCCUGCCGCCACCCUCCCCCACCUCCAAUCCGCCCUCGACAUCACCCACCCCCCCUUCGAAGAGUCCCUCUCGCGCCACACGCUUUGGCCCGAGAUUGAGAAGCUCUACGGCCACGGCUACGAGAUCUCGUGCCUCGCCGCCAGCCACGACGGCCGGCUGAUCGCCAGCGCCUGCAAGGCCAGCUCACUCAACCACGCCGUCAUCCGGCUAUUUGAGACGCAGCGCUGGACCGAGGUCAAGCCGCCCCUGCAGGCGCACAGUCUGACCGUUGCCCGGGUCCGGUUCUCGGCGGACGAUAACAUGUUGCUGAGCGUGGGGCGGGACCGGCAGUGGGUUGUUUGGGAAAGUGAUUCCCGGGAUAGGGGAGGCGGGUCAUUCAGGCUGGUGCAGGCUAAUGCCAAGGGGCAUGCGCGCAUGAUCCUGGAUGCUGCGUGGGCGCCGCCGGCCGUUGGUGACGACACGAGAUUGUUUGCGACGGCGGGGAGGGACAAGCUGGUCAAAGUGUGGGUUAGGAAAGCGGGCGAAGGGUCGUUUGAGCUCGGCACGGCUGUUACUCUGGAGCAUCCUGUUACGGCGCUGGAUUUCGUGCCCGAGGUGACGCCGGAGGGGCUGCUGCUGCUUGCUGUAGGCACCGAGGCUGGGAAGUUGUUCGUGCUAACGCUCAAGGUGGAGGGCGCGGUGGUUGAGGUUGUCUCGACGCUGACUGUGCAGCCGGAGCUGUGCCUGCCCAAGGCGGUGCUGCAGCUUGCGUGGCGGCCGGCGAGAGAAAGCCAAACUGGGCGGGAGCUGGCAAUCGCGGGCGAGGAUGGUUCGUUGAGGAUAUACUCAUUUCCUUCGUCAUAA